CUGUAAGGUGAGACAAUGAAGAGAGAAUCAUAUUAAAUUCAUAUCCUUUCUUGCCUUCUCAUUCUCAACCUCUAAAACUUUCCCAUUUAGAAAAUCUGAAGAAACAAAAACAGUUCAAAAGCCUUCAUAAUCUCAUUCAUUUCUUAGAAGAAGCCAAGCCAAAAACCAGACAGAUCCAUUUCUCCAAACCCUGUAGAUCUCUCUCUCUCUCUCUCUUCUCAAAAGUAGUGCCUGCUGCAGGUUUUUGUUUUCGCUCAGAGAAUUAUAUUAUUUACACAAUGAGAGACAAAAUUUCUUGUUUUAGUGAAAAUGCAGUAAAUGUUUCUCAUCCUUCAUGUUCUAGCUAUGCAAACACCGCUUGUGUUUCUCCAAAGUUAACUCCUUCUGUCCAAAAUGCGGUCUCAUGUGUCUACAAAAUCACUCUCUCCACUAAAAAGCAGUUCUUGGUCACAGUCUCCUGGUGCAAAAACCACUAUGCACAGGGCUUAACCAUUAAGUUUGGUGAUGAUCCAACAGCAUGCUUCAAAUUGAACAUGAAUUCGCGUCUGUUCCGGAAGAAGAAAGGCACCAAAGUCCUCGAAUCGGAUAAUUCGAAGAUGGAAAUCUUUUGGGAUCUGUCCAAAGCUAAGUAUGAUACUAGUGGUCCUGAGCCAGUUGAUGGUUUUUAUAUCCUGGUCAUGGUUGACUCAGAAAUAGGCCUAAUUCUAGGUGACAUGGCUGAAGAAGCUUUAGCCAAGAAGUUCAAGACUAGUGCAACCCCUGUUGCUAAGGUUUCUUUGGUUUCAAGGCAAGAGCAUUGUUCAGGAAAUGACAUUUAUUCCACCAAGGCUCAAUUCAGUGACACAGGCAUUGUACAUGACAUUUUGAUCAGAUGCAGUGGAGAAAAUGAUGGCUUAAAGCAUCCGGUUUUAUCAGUUUCCAUCGACAAAAAGACGGUCAUUCGCGUAAAGAGGCUGCAGUGGAAUUUUAGAGGCAAUCAGACAAUUUUUUUAGAUGGGUUGCUGGUUGAUCUGAUGUGGGAUGUUCAUAACUGGUUCUUCAAUCCUUCAUCAAGGUAUGCAGUGUUCAUGUUCAGAACAAGAAGUGGAAUGGAUAGCAGGCUGUGGUUGGAAGAGAAGUUGGUUCAGAAGGAGCAGGACAGAGUUGAAUUCUCCUUGUUGAUCUAUGCCUGUAAGAGCUCAUAAUGAAAUUUGGUCAUUACAUUUUUAAUUUUUUUGGGGUUAAUUCUUGAAAUUUAUGCUUGUUAUUACUAUUUUUCUAAACUUCCUUUCAAAAGAGGAAUAGAUACUAAUUCAUUUUGAUCAUUGUCUCAGGAAUAUGAUUGUAGAUAGAUAGAUAAA